CUAAAACCCAAAAAUACCACUCAAAUCCUAACUUAACUAGCCUUCUUGAAAGUUGAAACCUACAUCUCCAGUCCCUCACAUAACACCAAACUACUGAAACAGAGAAAGAGAGUAAAGUUAGUUUUUUAACUCCAAAAAAAUUCAACAAAAUCUUUUCCUCUCCUUCUUCUCCUUCCCAUUUCUCUCAGCAACUCCAAUUUUCGCUUCAUCUUCUUGUUCAUUUUUGUUUCUCUACAAUCCUUCGUUAUGGAUUUCCAAAUCCAUGGCGUUGUUUCUAAAACCAUAUUCUAUGUCUUUACAUUCCUCUCUAUUCUAGGUACAAUCUAUGGAAGUGCAUUACCAGUAAAUUCAUCAAGUGGUGUUCAGAUUAAUUCGAAUUCAGUUCUUGUUGCACUUCUAGACUCUCAUUACACUGAACUCUCUGAAUUGGUUGAGAAAGCUUUGUUAUUACAGACAUUAGAAGAAGCUGUUGGUAAACACAACAUCACCAUCUUCGCGCCAAGAAAUGAAGCAUUGGAGAGAGAUCUUGAUCCUGAAUUCGAACGAUUCUUACUCGAACCAGGUAACAUCAAAUCUCUUCAAAAACUGUUGAUGUUUCAUAUCAUCCCUAGUCGAAUCGGAUCGUCCGAGUGGCCUUCUUCAUCUGUUAACGAGUCAACCAGGCAUCAUACUCUCUCCACUCAUGAACAUCUCAAUUUAUUCACGAACAAGGAUUCAACAAAGAAAGUCGAUCUCGCCGCAGUUAUUCAUCCCGAUGCUGUAAUUCGUCCUGACGGAAUCAUUCACGGAAUUGAACGGCUAUUAAUUCCACGAUCCGUGCAAGAGGAUUUUAAUAGUCGUCGUAGUUUACGGGCUAUUUCUGCAGUUAUACCAGAGGGAGCACCGGAAAUUGAUCCAAGAACAAACCGGUUGAAAAAGCCAAUAGCACCGGUCCCAGCCGGUUCACCACCAGCUUUGCCGAUUGAAGACGCAAUUGCACCAGGUCCAUCACUAGCACCAGCUCCAGCACCGGGUCCGGGAGGACCACGCCACCAUUUCGACGGGCACAGUCAGGUUAAAGAUUUUAUUCAAACUCUGUUGCAUUACGGUGGUUAUAAUGAAAUGGCUGAUAUCCUUGUGAACUUAACUUCAUUAGCAACUGAGAUGGGUAAAUUAGUAUCAGAAGGUUAUGUGAUUACGGUAUUAGCACCUAACGACGAAGCGAUGUCGAGAUUAACAACAGAUCAAUUGAGUGAACCUGGUGCACCCGAACAGAUAAUGUAUUAUCACAUAAUACCUGAAUAUCAAACUGAAGAGAGUAUGUAUAAUGCCGUGAGAAGGUUUGGGAAAGUGAAAUAUGAUACUUUGAGAUUGCCUCACAAAGUUGUUGCUCAAGAAGCUGAUGGGUCUGUUAAAUUUGGGAAUGGUGAUGAAUCCGCUUAUCUGUUUGAUCCUGAUAUCUUCACGGAUGGUAGAAUUUCAGUUCAAGGUAUUGACGGAGUCCUAUUUCCUCCUGAUGAAAAAGAAAAUCAACCCAAACCUGAAACUGAAAAGACUGUUCAGUCUACCGGUAGUAAAAUUUCAGUCAAGCCAAGAAGAGGGAAAUUAUUGGAAGUAACUUGCGGGGUGCUAUGGGCAGUUGGUCAGGAUUCACAUUUCACCGACUGCCAAUGAAAACAAUCCACCAACAGCAUAAACUAGUCCAAACUCUUUAAAGCAAAGAAAAGGUACUAGUGCUACUACUCCAGCCAGAUUCAUGGAAAGCGAAGCAAAGCAUGAAAAGAGGUGUACAGAGUGUCAAGUGAAUGAAGAAAGACCCAUUAAUAUCAUGGGGCUAUAUUUUUUUUUAUUUUUUUUCUCUAGAUAUAUUUCCUUUCCUUUUUUUUUGUGUAUUUUUGGGUGAAUUUUUUUGUUCUGUGCAAUGAAAACCCCGAGAAAGUGGUAGAAGGUAGAAAAUUGAAACAACUGUUUGGGUUUAGGUAUUAGGUUUGGGAGGUGGUGGCCGGUGGGGUUUUUCAUUGUUAUGAGUUCCUAUCAAAAACAUGUGCAUGUGAAGUACAAUACAAGAAAUACCAAUUUUUUCUUUUGUUCAUUACAUUUUUGGAUGUAUAGAUGAUAUCAUUAUUAUAGUAAUUAUAUAGUGUUUUGUGUUAA